AUGACGGAAAAAAACAAUAAACAAGACAGAAAAAUCAAUAUCAGACCGCUUAUCUCUACUCGUAAUUUUUUAGCAGAAAUUCUCCAAAAUGCACAAAAUGAUUACGAAAGAGCUGGGGUCAUCCAAGCUUUUGAAGUGUGCUAUGAAUUAGCUAGCAUGCCAUUAGGAAAGUAUUACUUCUCCGGGCACAAAGCUAGACACCAAAAAAUAGUCCAACAAAUACUUAGCAAAAGACCUUAUCGCUUUUACGCUUAUGGUUCCCGGGCAAAGGGUAAUGCUCGCCGUUUAUCUGAUUUAGAUCUUUGCUACCAAGAGGAGAUACCCGACGCAAUUGUUUUCCAAAUCGAAGAGGAAUUUAAAGAAUCUGAUUUACCUUUUUGUGUGGAAUUAGUUAAUUGA